AGACCCAAGUUGUUGUUAAAGUAUUUGCCUAUAGAACUCUGAGACCUCAUGACUAGUGGUCCACCUGGACCAAACUUCCAGAAAAUUAGUAGUAGGGAAAAGCCUGAAUGAGUAGGAGAGAAACUCAGGAGUGAGACUUGUUCAAUCCUGGCCUUUACUCACAUACCAACCCAAGUUUAAAGGGGGCUGAAAAGGGUCAGUGUGAGGGCCUUUUAUUGGCGAAGUAAUCACACCAGAAAAAGCUACCUUUUGACUAAUUCGUCUCACCAUUUUGCUUUUAAGCUGUUGUCUGAUGUGUUCAUCCUUAAAAUUUUUGGAGGGCCCUCCCCCCAGUUUUUUGAGAAUGAAGUAAGAGAAAGCUACUGUUGCUCCUACAUAAACACACCAAGUAAGAGUUUUUUCUGAGCCAUGUGCCUGUUUCCAAUACAAAGAACCACGUUAGAAAGUCUCAGAAGACUCACACUUGGGUAUGGAGGGCGCGGCCUUCAGUCAGCGGAACCUUAAAAGCCGGGCUGAGGCGGAAUGGAGUCCGGACGGAAAGCGAAUACAGAUCGGCGACCGGUUUAAGACUUCCGCCCUGCUUAGAAUUUGUCCCCGCCCCCACACCCUACAUCCGCCCAAGCUCUAGUUAUGCGCAUGCUCCAGGAAUUAUUUGCCGUCUCUAUGGCAACCCUGUAGCCGCUGUCUGAGGAUGGAGACCACCGAGUCCACGGAGGAAUCGCAGUCGCGAUCUUUAGAUGUACAGCCCAACUCCGAUGGACUAGGGUUCACUUCAGAACCGUUUACUUCUGACAGUGGCCCUAGAUCAGCUCUGAGAGCCGCAACUAGAGCAGCUGCCGCAGCUGCUGCAGCCUCUGCAACCACCACCACCGCCAAAGCAGCUGCAUUAGCUACAAAGACCCCAGCUGUCUACGCUGAGCCAAGCCUCCUCACGGCGCCCUCCUCUAACACACUUUUUGGGGAUCCCUGCACCAGACCCAGCCUUACCCACAGGAUAGGCCAUGGGAGACUUGGCUUUGAGCCUGUCUAUGUUUCCUGUCUUGCUCGGGAUCCCUGUACUACACAUGACAUUAGCUCCAGCUCUGGCCCUGGCCAUGGUUAUGGUCGAGACACCUGUUCUGAUUCUGGCUCUGGCCCUGGCCGUGGCUCUGGUCCUGACCAUGGUUAUGGUCAAGGCACCGGUUCUGAUUCUGGCUCUGGCCCUGGCUGUGGCUCUGGUCCUGGCCAUGGUUAUGGUCGAGGCACUGGUCCUGAUUCUGCCUCUGGUCCUGACCAUGGUUUUGGUCAAGGCACUGGCUCUGAUUCUGGCCCUGGACCUGUCCCUGACUCUAGGCCUAGUCCAGGCUGUGAACAUGACCCUGAGCUCAGCCCCUAUGCUCUUUCAUGCUGCAGAAACUCCAGGACAGAUAUGAUUCCUAAUUGUGUCUCUUGGAGUCACUACAGUCACUGGGAACCUCAAAAACAACCACCCUGGAAAUUUUUACAAGUCUCAGAACCUGGUGCCCGGGGGCUAUGGAAGCCCCACAAGGUUGAGGGGAAGUGUAAGAUUCUCAGUGAAACAUUGCCACGUGGCCAGUGCCUUCUCUACAACUGGGAGGAAGAGAGAGCCACCAACCACCUGGAUCAAGUUCCAAGCAUGCAAGAUGGCUCUGAGAGUUUCUUCUUCCGCCAUGGACACCGGGGACUGCUGACCAUGCACCUACAGUCACCCAUGUCUUUUAGCACCAUCCAGAAAGAUUCAUACCAGCCCCCAGGAAAGCAUUAUCAGCCAGUUCGAGGUGUGAAGCAUGAGAGAAUGGGCCAGAAUGAAUCCAUUAGUCAGACAAAAAAGAGAAGAAAGAAUUUUUGGUGGGACUAUGGAUUGUCUGAUGGGUAUAAGGGCAAACCCUCACAAUUUUCCUUCCUUUUCUCAAGUUUGUUUCUUCUGGGCCUGCUUCUUAACCAGACUCCUCCAUUCUCCACUCUCUGCCCUCCCACAGGGAAGCGUGAAGCCAUGCUGGAGAUGCUCCUGCACCACCAGAUCUGUAAAGAGGUGCGGUCAGAGCAGGAACCCACAAGGAAUCACUUUGAGGUUGAGUCUGUGACACACCAUGACUACCGAAAGGAGCUGGUGCAAGCAGGACCUCCUGCCCCAACAAAGCCUCAUGACUACUGUCAGGAGCAGCCUGAAACCUUCUGGAUACAGAGGGCACCACAGCUACCGGGUGUCAGUAACAUCAAGACACUGGAUACACCAUUCCGGAAAAACUGCAGCUUCUCAACACCAGUGCCUUUGUCUCUGGGGCAGCCUUUGUCCUAUGAACCUGAGACUCAUUCCCCACAAUUAGGAGAAAUCUCUUCCCUUGCCUGUCAAGGUGGUGGAGGGGGUAGAUUUAAUCCUGUCUAAGCAUUGAGGAGGGAAGUGGAAUGUGAAAUAUGGGAUCUAUUUCUAUCUAUACUGGAGAGGUGGGGAGGAAGUGAAUUCUGUAUGUAUUUGAAGAAAUGUCCUUACAUAAAGGGUUCUUUCUCAUCCUGA